CCCCCCCCGCCGCCACCUCCUGGAGCAGGAGAUCUGCGGGUGCAGGAGAACACGCCAGGAGCUCGGGGCCUGGCAUUCCCCUGGGCAUGGGUGCCGAGGGCGGAGACUUCCGGGACUCCCACCUCCUUGCGCGGGUGAGAUUUGAGAGAUGGGGGACACGCCAGGAGCUCAAACCGCUCUUUGAGACUCUCCCGAAGGAGAAUGGGAGGGUAGGGGCGCUGCCAGGCUCCUUCCCGGGUGGGCCUAGAUGAAGACGCACAAGGACCCUCGUGACUUGGCAGUGACAAGGGAAGGGAGAAGUUGAGUCGGGCAAGGAAGAGACGCCAAAGCCUGGGGAAUUAAGAACAUGCCAGAAUCAUCCCGAGAGAGUCUGAAAUUAGGGAGGGUGAGGACUCGCUAGGAUCGUCCUGUGGAUCUGGCUACAGCAGGAGCUGAUGACCCUCAUGAUGUCUGGCGAUAAAGGGAUUUCUGCCUUCCCUGAAUCAGACAACCUUUUCAAAUGGGUAGGGACCAUCCAUGGAGCAGCUGGAACAGUAUAUGAAGACCUGAGGUAUAAGCUCUCGCUAGAGUUCCCCAGUGGCUACCCUUACAAUGCGCCCACGGUGAAGUUUCUCACGCCCUGCUAUCACCCCAACGUGGACACCCAGGGUAACAUAUGCCUGGACAUCCUGAAGGAAAAGUGGUCUGCCCUGUAUGACGUCAGGACCAUUCUGCUCUCCAUCCAGAGCCUUCUAGGAGAACCCAACAUUGAUAGUCCCUUGAACACGCAUGCUGCCGAGCUCUGGAAAAACCCCACAGGUGAGUCCUCAGUCCUUGAGCCCAGGGUGAUCCCUCCCCCAACCUUCAAAGGCUCCCUCAAACAAAAGGAGCCCAGUGACUUGGGACCGGGUUGGUUGGGACAGGGUGGAUUGUUGGCAGCAACCCACUUCUGCUUCUGCCCCAGUGCUCCUAUUUGCUAUAAAAUAGCAAUUGUUUUAUAGCAGAAUAAAAAUUUUUGGCUAUAAAUAAUUUUGGGAAAUUACUGGGGAGACCAAGGCAGGAUAGCUUGAGGCCAGGAAUUCGAGGUUACAGUGGAGUAUGAUCACAACACUGCUCUCCACCCUCGACAACAGAGUGAGACCCUGUCUCAAAAAGGGGGAAGGUGGGAUUAACCCCUUCCGUAUUAAUGCAGGUUAAGAGGUUGCUUAGUAGAGAGCCUUGCCUGUGCCCUCCAGUCUCACUGGAAGCAAGUCCUUCCAGGAGAGCUGCUUGGAUGGGCAGUGCAGGGAGAAUGCCGGGCUGGGAAACCAGCCCCUCCUGCACCUCCUCCGACCUUUGCAUCCCUGGUCCAGCUGCCUCUUGCCCACCUUAAUUAAUUCAUCCUGGGCCAGGCACAGUGGCUCAUGCCUGUAAUCCCAGCACUUGAGGAGGCUGAGGUGGGUGGAUCACAUGAGGUCAGGAGUUUGAGACCAGCCUGGCCAACAUGGUGAAACCCCGUCUCUACUAAAUACAAAAAAAAUUAACCAGGUAUGGUGGUAGGCACCUGUAGUCCCAGCUACUCGGGAGGCUGAGGCAAGAGAAUCACUUGAAUCUAGGAAGCAGAGGUUGCAGUGAGCAGACAUCGUGCUAUUGCAGUCCAGCUUGGUCAACAGAGUGAGACUCCAUCUCAAAAAUAAUAAAUAGUAAAGAUUAACUCAUCCUGUCUCCAUCACUCACUGAGACCUGCCUGUUCUCUUCCAGCUUUUAAGAAGUACCUGCAAGAAACCUACUCAAAGCAGGUCACCAGCCAGGAGCCCUGACCCAGGCUGCCCAGCCUGUCCUUGUGUUGUCUUUUUAAUUUUUCCUUAGAUGGUCUGUCCUUUUUGUGAUCUCUGUAUCUUGAGCUGUGGUAUUUUUGUUUUGUUUUUGUCUUUUAAAUUAAGCCUCGGUUGAGCCCUUGUGAUGUAUAUUAAAUAAAUGCAUUUUUGUCCUUUUUUAGACAA